AUGUCGGGAAGACCAUCGACGAGCUCAACGACACAUACGCAGCUGGUUGCGCCAACAGUGCCAGCCGCCGUUCACGCUCUCGCUUCACCUCCUCCUACCUUGAUAGACUCCCAACUCCCCGCCUACCUCGUUCCUGAAAUACUGAGAUGUCUCGAAGAAUCAACGCUGCAUGUUAUCAGGAAAAGGCGGAGAGAGGAGGAUGAGCUCAGGGCUGAAGGUUUAAUACCGAGGGAUAAUGGGAAGGGUAAAGCCCCGGAGGAGGAGAAGAGGUUGUUGGAUGUUGAAUUGGCCAAGAAGGUCGAGCGGAUGGGGUUAAUGGUGGGAGGAUACGUUGCGGAAAAACUAACACUUGCUCGACCCCCGCUGCCAUCACAUCUCGACAUCAUCAAAUUCAUCUGCAAAGAUCUAUUCCUUUUCGUCUACGCGAAGCAGAUAGACAAUCUACGGACAAAUCAUCGUGGCGUAUUUGUUCUCCAGUCACAUGCUUUCCCUCCGCUGGUUCCCCUGUCCAGUCAUCGUGGCCCGGCAGCUGAUCUCGAAGCGGCCAAACAGGCAAGCGAAAUCGUCACGACAGCAUACCUGACUCUUUCACAGCACCUAUUGUUUCCCCAGGCCCUCAUACAGGGAGCUCUUGCGCGAUUAGGCAUGCCAGCUACGGUCACCGCAGAGACGUCGGGUCUACCUCAGUGUACAUUUCAGAUAAGGACCGUGCCAAAAUCGGCAGUCACCAGUUCUGCCACUACCCCCGCGAUGCCCGGAUCCGCCCAACCUUCUUGA